ACCGCAAAGCCUUAUGGGAAGGUAACCAACGUCCUUGUCUGUCCAAGCUCACGCCAAGGAGGGAGUCUGUCAGUCACUUCCACUUGAACGAAAAUCGAAUAUUUCCGAAAUGAUGGCAGCAAGAUUCCUACGUCGUUCCCUCCCGGUGCUGAGGCAAGCUCGCUGCUAUGCCGAGGCCGUCACCGGUGCCCAGCAGUUGUCCUUCACGUUCGCCUCCCCGACACAGGUGUUUUUUAAGGAAGCCAACGUGAAGCAGGUCGACGUGCCGACACUUACCGGUAUGUUUGGUAUACUGGCCGCCCACGUGCCCACCUUGCAGGUUCUUCGGCCUGGCGUUGUCACUGUCUUAAGCGAAGACGGCUCUGCUGUUAAAUACUUUGUGAGCAGUGGGUCAGUAACUGUCAAUGCUGAUUCUUCAGUGCAGCUCCUAGCUGAGGAGGCGGUACCGCUUGGCGAUCUGGACAUUUCUGCUGCUAAAUCAAACCUGGAGAAGGCCCAGGCCGAGCUGCUUGGCGUGUCCGAUGAGGCUGCGAGAGCAGAAGUUCUUAUCAGCAUAGACACCAAUGAGGCAAUCAUCAAGGCAUUGGAAUAGACCCACGGUCAUCUAAUCUCGUUUUGUGGAAAUCCCUUUCCAGCAUCGCCAACUGUCCAUACCAGUGUUCAGUGGAUUCCAUGCUUGCGUUGUACAGUGGUAGAAAGUCACAAAAAUAAAUUUAUUUGGAAUUAUCUAGUGAAA